CCCGGCGAUUGGCCGCGGGCGGGGGCUGGGCGGCCGGGCGGCCGGGCGGGCGGCGCGGCGGCGCAGUCGGGCCCCAGCCGCCGCGAUGCUGCUGUCGCUGGUGCUGCACCUGUACUCGCUGCGCUCCGUGCUGCCGGCCGCCGUGAUGCUGGGCUCGGCGCCCACCUACCUGCUGGCCUGGGGCGCCUGGCGCCUGCUGUCCGCCUGCCUGCCCGCGCGCGUCUACCAGGCGGUGGACGACCGGCUGUACUGCGUCUACCAGAGCAUGGUGCUCUUCUUCUUCGAGAACUACACGGGCGUGCAGAUAUUGCUAUAUGGAGAUUUGCCAAAAAACAAAGAAAAUAUAAUAUAUUUAGCAAAUCAUCAAUGCACAGUGGACUGGAUCGUGGCGGACAUCCUGGCCAUCCGGCAGGGCGCCCUGGGGCACGUGCGCUACGUGCUGAAAGACGGCCUGAAGUGGCUUCCCUUGUACGGCUGUUACUUCUCUCAGCACGGGGGCAUCUACGUCAAGAGGAGCGCGAGGUUCAGGGAGAAGGAGAUGCGCCAGAAGCUGCUGAGCUACGUGAGCGCCGGGACCCCGAUGUACCUGGUGAUUUUUCCGGAGGGGACGCGGUACAACCCCGAGCUGACGAAGGUCAUUUCCGCCAGUCAGACGUUCGCUGCUCAGGAAGGCCUGCCCGUGUUGAAGCACGUGCUGACGCCGCGCGUGAAGGCCACGCACAUCGCCUUCGACUCCAUGAAGAACUACUUAGAUGCCGUCUACGACGUCACUGUGGCCUUCGAAGGGACCGUGGACGACAAGGGGCAGCGGAAAGAGGCGCCGUCCAUGGUCGAAUUUCUCUGCAAAGAUUGUCCGAAAAUCCACAUCCACGUUGCUCGCAUCGACAAGAAGGACGUCCCGGGGGAACGCGACUUCAUGAGGAGGUGGCUGCACGAACGGUUCGAAAUAAAGGACAAGUUACUGAUCGAGUUCUAUGACUCGCCGGAUCCGGACAGAAGGAACCGGUUUCCCGGGGAAAGUGUCAGCUCUAAGCUGAGCCUCAGGAAGACGCUGCCGUCACUGCUGGUCCUGAGCGGCUUGACCGCGGGCAUGCUGGCCACCGAGGCCGGGAGGAAGCUGUACGUGAAGACGUGGCUCUACGGGACCCUGCUCGGCUGCCUAUGGGUCAGUAUCAAAGCGUAGACCCCAGGCCGGGGCGCUGCGUGGUCGUGGCUGUUCGUGAGUGUAGUCAGAGUGUAAAUAAAGCUUGUUGACUGAGUGUUGGGCACAAUAGAAUCUCUCACCAGAGCCGGGGGGCAGGUGAUCUGGCAGAUGCAGGGACGCGGGCGUCGGUGCUGGGCUCUGGGGGGGCGCGGGCUCGCUGCUGCCCUGGGCGCUGUCGGGAGCCAGGCCAGCUCAGCGGGGCUGUGGGGCUCGUCACUGCGGCACUCGGUGGCGGCACUCGCGAGCAUUCGCAGUAUGUUUCACUGGUUGUGUUAUUUCCAGUUUUUACAACCUGACUGGCCCCAAGUCUGGUCACUAAAGUAUUGAGAACCUUGCAGCCCCGUAACGUUUUUCUUCCUGCAUAACUUCCUCCAAGUCAGUGAAGGGAAGUGGACUGAAGGACCGAGGGAGAGCAGACGGGCAAGCCACGCCCUCUCGUGAGUACCUGCUUCCCGGCUGGUUUCACUUUAUAGUUGCAAAGUAACUCAUUUCUGACGUUUGUUGAAACAGCCUCAUGUGCACACUGCACACCAUACAAGGGUAGUGGACAGUACGAGAGUCGGCGCCGUUACAUGGUGGCAGGACUUGCACUGCCUGGCGCUCUGCAGACUCCAGCCGAGCUCUCCGCACUGGUAGCACCUGUGCCAUAUGCACCCGCAAGCCUUAAGGCUCCUUCCUUCCUAUUUAAGACGACCGUGGCGCUCCUGGGGGACCCGCGUCCCAGCGCUCAAGGUGCUGGAGCCUCGUCUGCUGGCUGACCUGCCUGUGCCUUCUCCGGUCACUCUGGGUUUAGAGCAUUUACCCCGCAUCGCGUUGCCAUCCCGUGGCGAUCCUCUGUGUGGCCAGCCAGGUGCUCGUGGCUCCCACGGAGCUGCCAGGGAGCGUGUGUGGCGGGUCGUCCCCCACUCCAGCCCUGCUGGGGGCAUCGCGGUCCCGCCAGGGCGUCCACCCUCGAGCCCGUGCGGCCCGGGCGUCACCCACGGGCCUGCUGGGCACGUCAGCCUCAGCGUGACAGGCCGCAGCCCUCUGUCCCCUCGACCACGAGCUGCGUGUCAGGAGCCUGGUCUCAGGGUUCCUGUGACGGACUCUUGACGUGCGACCUGCUCUGUUUCUGGGUCGUCGUCAAGCGUGAUGCCUGUUGGUCCCUAAGGCGGGGGCUCUGCUCCUGCUGGGGGGUUGGCCCGUGGCUGCCGCUGCGCCCACCAGCCCAUCUUGAGGGACCGCUGACCACAGUGAUCGCGGGGAGUCCUGCCUGGCUCUCCAGAAGGGGGUGAGCCUCCUCGGGCCCUGGGCCUCGCCUGGUAGCAGGUGAACACGCCUGCAGGCAGCCCCCUGGGAGCGCCGGCCUGGGCGUGACGGGGUCGGGGAAACCUCUGAAAGUGUUCUCAGACCAAAUUGCAACCUUUCUGACCUGUAAAGUGGAACUCGGCUCUGCCUUUGUUACGUGCUUUUUAAAGUCUUAACGUUAGACCUGCUUCUGGCCAGAGCAAACUGCUGUAGGUUGUGUAACUGCCGGCAAUGUGCUGGUUAUGCUCUGAAUCUAAAUUCUAGGAAGCAAUUUACAAUUUAAGAAUUGCAUUGAUUGUAAUGGACUUUAAGAAGGCAAAGCGAGCUGCGUAAGUCACUUAGACAUUCUGUUUUUAUGACUAUCCUUAUAUUCUUCUCACAAAGGGCCUGUAAAAUACUUGUUAAAAAAUUUGUAUCAAAAUGUUUGGAAAAUUAGAAGUUUCUUUUUAAUGUGUGUUGAAAUGACCUGAAUUAUUAUUUUCUAAAGUGAAGAGCCUGCCUCGACUUGGAAACCUCUUCACAUAAUAUCACUCGCUUUGGUUCCUGUUGUUAAUUUACCCCUCGGUUCGAUGUCAUGCUUUUAUGUUCUUCAGAGAUGGGUGUGUUUGGGUGAAAGUAAAAGAAAAAAUAAACCUUUCGCUGUCUCUCA